AUGACAGGUGCACCAACCCAGCUGACUAUAAACAUGGCGGCAUCUAAAGACAGAGUGGGGAGUAACAGGUGUAAAAUACUAAUAAUCGGCGCAGGUAUGGCGGGAUUGUCAGCGGCACAUCAUUUAGUAAAAAAUGGCGUAACUGACUUCAAGAUACUGGAAGCUAGGAGAAGAAUCGGUGGCAGAAUUGUUUCUAUUCCAACCGACCAUCAUAGGGUGGAAUUAGGUGCCAACUGGAUCCAUGGAGUACUUGGGAAUCCCAUGUACGAAUUAGCCAUGACAAAUGGGCUCAUAGAUAUAGUCCAUGUCCCUAAACCGCACAGAGUUGUAGCUGCUACAGAAGAUGGUAAACUUAUACCAUUCCAGUUACUACAGGAGAUUUAUGAGGCCUACGUAUGUUUUCUUCGACGUUGUGAGGAAUAUUUCCUGUGCCACUAUUUGCCUCCAGCUGGUGUUCACAGUGUAGGAGAACACAUUAAUCUAGAAGCUGCAUUGUACUUAGACCACUGUCAAAAUCCAGAAGAACGUCAGAUACGGCAGUUAAUAUUUGAUUGUUUGUUAAAACGCGAAACUUGUAUUACUGGUUGUCAUUCCAUGGAUGAAAUAGAUCUGCUAGAAUUGGGCAGCUACACUGAACUUCAAGGAGGAAACAUUGUGCUACCUUCUGGUUACAGCAGCAUCCUGGAACCCAUAGCAAAAGUCAUACCUCCCCAAAAUAUUGUUACAGGUAAACCUGUGGCAACAAUGAGAUGGAAUUGCAGUAACGAAAUGCAGUUAUCUAAUAUGACAAGCCCUGGAGGUGACUCGGGUAUUGACAUUCUUGCAAAUGGAGAUCCAGGAAAUGAUUCUGAUGACUCUGAUAGGACUGUCACUGGUGAUUUCCCAAAAUUUGUCGAACAUUCAAGCAGGGAAGGAAGCUGUGAAGCAGCAGAUAAAAAAAGUAGCACAAAAUCUCAGUGCAGUGCUGAGAGUGGUGAAAGUUCUGGCACAGGUGUUCAACAGUCAACAGUGAAUUCUGCUUCAGGACAGUGUAGUCAACAGGAUGACAGUGAAAAUUCAGAUUCUUGUGUUUUACCUCCAAGUGUAGAAAUAGUGUGUGAUGAUGGUGACACUUAUUAUGCUGAUCAUGUUAUAUGCACAGUACCACUUGGAGUUUUGAAAGAAAGGGCAUCUACAAUGUUCUGCCCUCCAUUGCCUCAAUAUAAGACUGAAUCAAUCAACAGGCUUCUUUUUGGAACAGUUGACAAAAUAUUUCUGGAAUAUGAUCGCCCAUUUCUCAACCCGGACAUAUCAGAACUUAUGCUUCUUUGGAAAACUGAUGCAACAGAGAAUGGAAAUGAAGACUCAUCUGAUUUAAGUAAAUGCUGGUUUCGUAAAAUUUACUCAUUUUCCAAAGUAUCAGAGACACUUUUACUAGGAUGGAUAUCAGGUAAAGAAGCAGAGUAUAUGGAAACAUUAGCACACGAGGAAGUUGCAGAAAAGUGCACGGAGAUACUGAGAAAGUUUCUUAAUGAUCCAUUUGUACCUAAACCAAAGCUCUGUGUAUGUACCAGUUGGCGCUCUCAGCCUUACACGAGAGGUUCCUACACUGCAAUGGCUGUCGGUGCUAGUCAGGUUGACAUUGAGAACAUAGCACGACCACUUUAUGCCAGCUCACAGGAAAAGAAGCCUGUACUUCUCUUUGCUGGAGAGCAUACACACAGCAGUUUCUAUUCAACGGUUCAUGGUGCAUACCUGACUGGUCGGAGUGCAGCCCAAGUGCUACUUGAUCCUGACUCUCCUGAACAAUUAAUAAUGCAGUGUGAAGGAACAAGUGAUUUAAGUUCCUGGAUUCAGGGUAUCUCUCUGGAUUGAUGUAUUGAGUGAAACUGAUAUACAGCCUCUAGAUUGAAUGUAUUAAGUGAAAUUGAUAUACGGCUAAGUAAGUAUUGUGUAAAUAUUUUUUUAUUUAUUAUUUGUGUGUUCAUUUCGACAGUGGAGCAGUUGCCAAAGCCAUUUUUUUUGCCACAGUUUGAAGAGAUUUGAUUUUCUGAGAAUGUUUUGAGUCACAGGCCUGGGGAUAUCUGAUAUGAAUCCAGUCAAAACUAACUAAAAUGGGACCAUUGUAGUCUAAAAGGCUUUAAUUGAAAAGUCGCUGGUAUGUACUGACUCAUCAGCACUUAGUGGGAAUUUAUUACUUAUUAAUAAAAAUAUUCUAGUGGUGUUAAAAAAAUUCUGCACUUUUACAAUCUUUUUUGACAUAAUUUAUAUCAUCUGAAAUUCAUUUUAUUUUAUGCAGUUACUAAGUGUGUAACUGCUGGUUAUUCUAUUUUGAGAACAUUUAAUUUUUAAUUAAACUUAUUAUUCUUUAGCCUGAGCAGCAGUACAUGACAGUGUGCAGAUACUUUCUUGUAUACAGAAAAAUGACUGAUGGUGAAAUUACUGCAAAUCAUUUAACAUUUUAAAUGAAACUUAACCUUCAACUCUUCUCAUUAUAGUUGGUCUUGGUAAACCAAACAUUUUCAGUGAGUUAUGUUUUGUCUUGUCUUUUUACAAAGCUGAGAAAGAUGAUGUGUGUAAGAGUUUAUAUGGUUGCAUCAGAAAUGGUCAGUGUGAAUAGAAUGCUUCCGUGCACAAUUUAGUGUCAUACAACAAAAGUUUCAUUUGCGGCUUCCGCACUCAAAAGAUGAUGUAAAAGCAGGUUGAAACAUUGCAGCAUUUACCUUGGCCACUUGUGAAAUAUAUUAGAUGCAUCUGACUUAUUUAAGGUGAUUUUAAUUCUAUUAUUUAGAAGAUUCAUUAAAUUUGUUUUUGUAGAUUUUUAUUUGUAACACAAUCUGUGGACGCAAUCUUCCUUUCUCAUAAUACACCAGGGUAGCUGUUUGACACGCUAUAAUGAGUGGUGAACCUUUAUAUAUUUUUUAAUUUUUGUGGAUCCACAUGGUAAUAUGUAUGUACCUUUGUCAUAACUUUCAUUAAUUUCACAUAAUAGUAAUUAAGGUAGAAGUAAUGUGCAUUUAUUAUGAAAUGAGUUCUCAUGCUUUCACAUCUAACACACUUGACUACAGAGUACAGACUGAAACCACUACCACCAUCAGAAAACACUAAAAGCAGUGCCUUUUGAAGCAACUAUCCGCCUUUGCCAUGUGUACCAUUUAGUUGUAGUUGCUGCAGUUCUUUCUGCAGAUAACACUUUCUAAUAUGGAUGUUCUGGGUCUCCCUCCUGAUUUUUCCUUCCAAGAUGUUUUUUAUGAAGUAGUUGUAUUAAAUUAUGUGUCAAUUUAAUUUUGAUUUUCUCCUCUGUUUCAUAUUAAUGAAUGCCUUUAGCUCUUUAAUUUGUUCACUAGAUUUCCUUUUGGUUUAGGUUGUUUUUUAUGGCUCUCUUCCACAUUCGUAUUUCUGUUGCUUCUGAUUUUUCUUCCCUUGUUCCUACAGAGUCCACUCUUCAUAGUCAUAGCUUAACACGCUCCAAAUAAAUGUUUUGAUGAAUUUCUUUUUUGUUUCUAUAUUAAGGUGGUUGUUUGUUAAUAACUCACUCUUAUAUCUGAGUGCUUAUUUAGUCGUCAUAAUUCUUCUUCUUUUAAUAUCCAUUGUACUACUGUUAUUAUCAGUAUUCUAUUUUCCAAGUAGCAAAAUUCUUUUACUUGCAUUAGCAUUUUAUUUUAGACUGGUUGGCAUUUAUUUUCAGUUUGUGGUUGUCAAAGGCAUCAGACAAAAUUUGUAAUAUAUAGUUCUCGUCCUUUUCAGAAUCUGCUAUCAACAACUUGAAUACAAUGUAUUUGUUUACCAUUAAUUUUGAUCCCAUUGGCACUGCCUUUCAUCACUUGUAUUGCAUUUUCUACAAAUAAUUAUAUAAGUAAGGAGAGAGAGGACUGCCUUGUCAGACCUCUUCUUAUCUUAGUCUCGUUCUUAGUGCCACUGAUGUCUAUUUCUGUGCUCUGGUUUUUGUGUAUAUUGAGACUCAAUCCUUUGCCUUUCCACUCCAUUCUGAUUUUAUUAACUGUUGAACCAAUUAGACAGUAAAACAAAAAUAAAUAACAGAUGGUUUAAGCUCAAGCUUUUAAAUGCAAGUUCCUUUUCUUCUGGCUUAGUUUAGAAAGUGGAAAAAAUGUUAAAGGCAUAGCAGUUUUUCUUUCAAACAGAAAAUCAAGACAAGUACAAGAGAAACAUUUCGUGCCAUGGGCCAAGAGAGAAAUGAAGAGAUGGUGGAAGAAAUAGUUUGUUUUAAUCUCCUUGUACUAAGUUUCCAGUGUGGGUAUGUCUUAAGUGGCUACCCAGCCCAUUAUUGCCUUGAAACAUACAGCCACAGGUAAUUAAUGACUUGUAGAGCUGUAUGCGGUACACUUUGUGAGGCUUGUAUAUUUGUUGCAUGGUUUGUCUGUGACUGUGAAAUCAAAUUGCAGUAGGGACUGUUUAUUAGCCUCACAGAUGUAAUCUUCUGCAAGUUCCUUUGAAGUUUGUGAAUUGACUUUAGUCAGUUUCAAGAACAUUUAAGUUUUAGUUUCUAACAUAUCAGUAUGCUUCUAUAAGGUCUUGAAGUGGAGCACAGUCUGCCAUAAAGGAAUUGGUGAGGAAACUUGGUGUCAUUCGUACACCGUAAAUAUCCCAUUUAUUUCAGCAGAUUUAUCGAACCCUGUGACACAAAUAUAAAUGGGAUUUCUUAUUGUUCGUCUAAAUGUGAAGAAAAAUCAUCCAUUAUGAUCAAGGUAACUGUGACCAGGCAUGAGGAACUUUUGAUCAACAAUUUCAAUAGGUAUAUGAACAAAAUAUAGAGCCCAAAUCAGACAGUUAUUUGCUUUGCAGUUAUUUGACUUCUGCUUUGCCCACAACUAUCACUGUAGGUAAAAGAUGUUUAAUUUCAGAUGGUAACGAUUUUACAUAUUUCAGUAGGCAUGAACCAAUUUCUGAAGAGCCAUGUGAGGCAAUAUUUUCAUAUCACAUAUACGUGCUACAGUCAUGUAUUCCAAGAUUAAAUGUCCAAAAUUGUCUCUUGUAGUAAAUAAAAUUGCUUGAUAGCAUUGGAGUUGGCAAUUUUUUUUCCUUUUUUUUAAGUUUUCAAGUAAUUACAUGUGCUGAGUCUUCUUUCAUUUUCUGUACACCUCCUUUCUGUGAAAGCUCUUGCUUGAUCAAGUCUUCUUAGAUGGAGCUCUUUCUGUAGCAAUAGACUGUUUCUUUUAAUGCUUUGAUUAAAUUUUUAAUCUGUUACAAUUAUGGCAGGUUCACUUUUUAGGCUAUAAAAUGAUAUAUUAAAUUCUGAAUUGAACAGUUUACAAUAAAUGCAGGCCUUCACAGACAAAAGAUUUUUUUCUUCACGCUUUUCAGUAUAAGGCUCAUACAUUUUUGAGACAAAUAAUUCCAGUGACAGGUAUUUACUAUGAGGAUUAUGUUUAUGAGAAUAAUGUCUUGUGUAAUUAGGAAAGCUUUUUAUGUGGUUUCUUUUGGUUCCAAGGCACUCUUCUGCAAAUUUAUUUCCUGGAGCAUGUUUACUACAUUCAUUAACAGGAACAGGCCUUCCACACUUGAUUUGCUUAGCACAGCUGUGGUAAUGGGUAAACUGACAAUUACUUAUAGUUAGUGUGUUAAGAAAGAACUCCUUACACAUUCACUUAUGAUCCAGGUUAAUCACAGUACUUUGUAAUUUUGACUUCUUACAAUUUAAUCUCGGUUGUCUUUGUUUGGUAGAUGAAACAAAUUUUACUAUAAGGGAUGUUUGUUGUUGCCAAGAAACAGUUUUCCAUACUUUUCAUGGAUAAUUAUUAGUCUCUUAUGUCAAUGUCUUGCAGAUAUUUUGAAAUGGUUGGAUGACUCUUGCAAUUGUUACUGGUGUAGAUGUUUACUCUUGUCACAGAUUUCUUAGCAUAGUUUCUUUUAUUCACUUCAUAACCCCAAAUUUCUGUUUCCUUGAGUUGCUAAAGGACAUGGUUUUACGCAAAAUUUUUCAGCAGUGGUUUGGAUUUUGUCAUUAACUUUUGUUUUUAGCUUGCUUCGAUUUUCAAUUUCACCUAAAGAUGAUGCACCUGGCUGGAAGUGAAACCACAGCACUUAAGGAUAUAUAAAGCUAACACCAAUAUAAAAAUCAGCUUUAUACAUAAAACACACUUCAUAAUCAUUUUGGUGACGUAAUAGGUUCAAUUGAAUGUGAGUGUACCUUAAAGCAUUUCAGUGAUGUCAAAGGUAUCAGACAAAAUUUUUUAUAUAUAGUUCUCGUCCUUUUCAGAAUAUGCUAAAACUACUGUAACAUCAACAAAGCAAAUAAAUGUAUUUGUUUAUCCUUACUUAUGAUCCUAUUGCCACUGCCUUUCAUCACUUGUAUUGCAUUUUCUAUAAAUAAGGAGAGAGAGGACUGCCUUGUCGGACACCUCUUUUUAUCUUCGUCUCGUUCUUAGUGCAUUGACAUCCAUUUCUGUGCUCUGGUUUUUGUUUAGACUGAGACUCAAUCUUUUGUCUUUCCACUCUGUUUGAUUUUGUUUACUCUGAAACCAGUUAGACAGUUCCUUAAAAAACAGCUCAGAAUCUGCAAGAAAAGGUGUGUGAACAUGUGGCCAUGGUAGCUUCAUUUACUGGUCUACGUCCACUUACAACUUGCUAACAAGUUCACUGGAUCAGUUUGUUUGCUCUCGGAUCUUUAGUCACACUGUAUGCAUCUAUUUGAUUAAUGGAAAAUCUCAUAUAGAGAUGUGAAACAAAUACUAACAAAGAGAUAGAGGGGCUGGCCAGUACUUACCUCAGCUCAGUACAGCCGAUAGA